GUUGCUAAGUUUUACUUUUUUCCUCUAAAAAUAAAAUCUUUCUGCAUCCUUUGGUCAGAAGAUACUCCCACCACCACUCCAUUCUCACUCACUUGUAGUGACUUGUGACUCCAAUCACAAACAAAAACCAUUAAAAAAGACUCUUUUUACUCUAUCUACAGCCAUCUGUUUCACACACACUUCACUUCACUUACCCCCUUUUCAAAACCCCAUUUUUUUAUUCUUUUUUUUUUUUCCUUCCUCUUCUCAUUUCUCAACUCUAACUUUUUGUCUUUUUCCUCUCUUUUCUUUUUUCCCCUUUUACUCCUCUUACUUCUGCAUUCUUCUAUCUAAACCCUAGAUUUCAAAUCUGGGGUUUUGUUUUCUUAAACAAAGUUUCUUCCUUUCUUCUCUGGGAUUCUUAGAUUUGUAUAGGAGAACUAAAAUCCUUGCAAAACCCUUGUUCCAGAACACACUUACAAAGUCUUUAAGCUUGUUUCUGGGUUUUAGAAUUUAGAUCCCCUUAUUUUUGGUUAAAGAUUCAAUUUUUACAUCAUUGUUUCGUCAUUUUUGCUAUAUCUCAUUAUUAAGAGUAAAUCUAGUUUAAUCCCUUUUAGUAUAUUCAUCUUUAAGUUAGAUUUCGGAAGAUUGAAAAGGGGUUUAACUUUAACAUAGUUGCUUAGGUAUUAAUUACUUAGUUAAUGCAUGGAUGGGAGAGAGGCUAUGGCAUUUUCUGGUGGCCCUGGUUCAUAUUACAUGCAUAGAGGAGGGGCUGGUGUUGCAGGGUCUGGUUCUGGAGGGUUCCAAUUACCCCCUCCUGGAUUCAGACCUUUGCCAAACACUGGCAUUAUAGCUCAGCCAAAUGCUAGGGGUCAGGGUGGUGACACUAGUUCCAUGUUUUCAUUGGAGACUCAGUCUCAUAACUCUCAUGCCAAUUUUAAUCAUGGCAUUAACAUUGGUGCAUCUUCUGGGGCACCUUCUAGUGACCCUGUGAAAAAGAAAAGAGGGAGACCCCGGAAAUAUGGUCCGGAUGGAUCGGUUUCUUUGAAACUUUCUCCAACGUCUGCCCCUGCAAAAUCCACUCAGGAGGAUUCAACUACACCUUCUGAGAAACGGGGUAGAGGUCGCCCUCGUGGAUCUGGAAGGAAGCAACAGCUAGCUGCAUUAGGUGACUGGAUGACCAGUUCAGCAGGGUUGGCUUUUUCGCCUCAUGUUAUCACCAUUGGGGUUGGUGAGGACAUUGCAGCAAAGCUAUUGUCUUUAUCACAGCAGAGACCAAGGGCUCUGUGCAUCUUGUCGGGCAAUGGGAUAGUUACUUCAGUUACUCUGCGACAACCUGCCUCUACCAACAUUGGUGUAACUUAUGAGGGAAAAUUCCAAAUAUUAAGCUUGUCUGGUUCUUACUUGGUUGCUGAAGACAGUGGACCAUCCAAUAGAACAGGAGGCAUAAGUGUUUCUCUUUCUAGUCGUGAUGGUCAUGUUAUUGGUGGCAGUGUUGCUAAGCUUAUUGCUGGAAGUCUAAUACAGGUGGUUGUAUGCAGUUUUGUAUAUGGUGGUGGCUCGAAGGUUAAGACUAAGCAAGAGACCGCUGCCAAUGGUGAAAGUUCUGAACCUCAUAACGAUGAUAAGCUAGCUUCUCCAGCCAGUGCUCCACCUGGUCAAAACUACGUCUCUUCUCUUACAGGCAUGUGGCCCGGAUCACAGCCAUCUGACGUGAAAAGCGUGCACGCACAUACUGGCUUUGACUUGACAAGAGGAUGAACAUUGAAGAGAUUGCAGUUUUGUAUAUAUACCUGUUGUAAAUUAAUUUGAGUUUGUGUGCAUUGUGACUUAGCCUGUUAUCCCCAUUGUUGGAUAACAAGUUUUCCCUAACAAAUGCUGAAACAAGAGAAUCAUUUAGGAUUCAAGCGAGUACUAUUCUUGAUUCAUCCAUAAUGUUUGGUCUGGUGAAACGAAUGUGAAACAUGGUAGAAUGUUCAUUGAGUUCUGAGAUUUAUUUUAUAUUUGUUUAUUAUGCAUUACAACCGUA